GGCAAGAGAAACGACUGUAGUUUCUCUCUCUGUUGAUUCAGAAAGUGAUGACAAGUCUGCUGUAUCAUCUAAGGUAGUUUUUGCACUCGUUUUAAUCAUUGUCAGUGUGAAAGUAUACUAAUUUUAGUAGUAACAAAUGACUAAUACAUAUAUAUUAUGAUUGCAGGCAAGACAACCACCACAGCCCCUUGAAUUAUGCUUCAAGAGCACAGAGUUCACGAAGACUUGCAAGAUUCAAACCAAGUGCCUUGUGAAGAAUACAGUGGACGUGAUUAAGAAGCUUAAGGAGGAGGUUAAAUGGUUCACAACCCAUCCUCAAUUUCGUCACUUCUUCCACAUGCCUGAUGAACAAUACCUGAAGCUCCAAGGAAUGUGGAUGUUACUCUUGCGCACCAUUUCGACUGAAGAAUAAGAUGUUGCAUGGUUUGGUGUGAAUGGUGUUCCCAUCCGCUAUUCUAUGAGGGAGCAUGCCAUCAUCUCGGGCUUAGACUGCCAUGAGUAUCCGAGGAAAUAUUUGAAGCUCGGGAGUACGAAGUUUGUGGAUUAUUACUUUGGUGGACUAAAGAAGAUCACCAUAACAGAUGUGGAGCACAAGCUGUUGUCUAUGAAGACGCCAUGCAAUGAUAGAUUGAAGAUGGCUGUCUUGUUCUUCCUUGGUCGGGUUAUCAGAGGACAUGCAAAGGAUUGCGGACCAGUAUACCCGUUCAUCUUAAGGAUCGUGGAAGAUUUGGAUGUUUGCAGAACAUUUCCAUGGGGUCGUUUGACAUUUGAAGAUGCAAUAAAGAACAUCAAGCAUAUGAUGGAGCUUCUGAAGGGUGAAGUGCACUCGGCAUGCGGCUUUCCUGGAUUCAUAAUUCCAUUAGAGGUAAAGCAUACAAUUUAGUCAAAUAUGAGUUGUUUUAUAACUGUAAAUCUGAUAGCGCUACAAUAUUUCUGUAGAUUUUGGCUUUUGAAUGUAUUCCUAAGCUGGGGAAAACAUUUAGACUAUCUACAGACACACCUUCUGAAGAUUGUCCUAGGAUGUGCAAGAGCCGGUUUACAAAGAGUAGCAUGAAGGGCUAUCCUUUGGAAGAUAUAUAUGCUGCACUUGGACACACAAAGGUUAUUAACAGUGUGUUGGUGCCAACUGUGGGUGAGGAAAUCAUGCUGGCUCGUAUAAUUGAUGAGGAGCGAGAGUAUCAUUGUGAGGGAAGCACAAGUGAUACUUGGAACCACUGGCUAAAUGUGAAGCAGAAGAAGAUAUUUUGGAAAGAGCUAUACGACUUAGAUGUUGCUGCACGAGUGUUUAAGAAGAAGAAGGACAAAGAAAAGGUGACGUUUUUAGAAGAUUCGUCUUCUAAAUCUGGGUUGGAGAGCUUGAAAGCUCUGGAAGAAAAGAUUUUGGGGGCCAUGAGUGAAGGGUUUUCUGGUCUUAAAUCAGUGGUGGAGGCAAAGCUGGGUGAUAUGGAUGUGAGGAUGAGUAAAUUUGAAAAGAACCAGCGACAACUUAAAAGAAGGGCUAAGAAAAUAGAAGAAAAGCUGACUUCUAUUGAGAGCAACAAAAAUGAGGAGAGGAACUAUGGUGAAGAUAUGGAUUUUGGAUGGGAUGAUAGAGAUUAUGGUAGAGCUGAAGGGAAGGAAAACAGUGAGAAGGCUAAGGAAGACAAGGAAAACAGUGAGUCUGGCGAGGAAAAGGAUGUGGUCUCGGGUGGGGAAAACAGUAAGGAUGGUGAGAAAGACAAGGGAAACGUGGAGGAAGAAGAAGAGAAGGAGAACGAGGCUGAUAAAACAGAGCUGGGAACUAGAGAAAAAGAUGAGGUCUCUGAAGAAGAUUACGAUACUGAGGAAGAGGCUGAGAAGAGGAGAGUAGAGGCGGAUGCGUUAUGGAAGAGUAUUCUUUCUGAAGAGACUGAGUAUCUAGAGAAAGAGGCUGAGAAAGUUGCCAAGGGAACUCCUACACCACCACGUGGUAGACCGAAGAGAUUGGCCGCGAGAAAAAUAGUACUUACACCACCAGAGGAGUUUUUAAGAGGACCAACGGUAACUGCGCCAUCACCUAUCGAGACUGAAAAAGAGGCUGAGACAGUUAUCGAGGAAGAGGGUGAGGAGAUGGCAGUUGAAGCCGAAGAAAGUGACGAGGAGAGUCUCAAAGAAAAAAAUGCUGAAGAAAUGGUGGAGGAAGAAGAAGGUGUGGAGGAGAGUCCCACCGAGAAAAUAGCUGAAGAAAUGGUGGAGGAAGAAGAAGGUGUGGAGGAGAGUCCCACCGAGAAAAUAGCUGAAGAAAUGGUGGAGGAAGAAGAAGGUGUGGAGGAGAGUCCCACCGAAAAAAUUGCUGAAGAAAUGGUGGAGAAAAAGAAGCUGUGGAGGAGAGUCCCACCGAAAAAAAUGCUGAAGAAAUGGUGGAAGAAGAAGCUGAGGAAGCAGAGGAAGCAGAGGAUGCUAUGGAAGCAGAGGAAGCUGAGGAAGCAGAGGAAGAGGCGGAUAAAGUGGUUGAGAAAGAGGCUGAGACAGUUGUCGAGAAAGAGGGUGAUAAAUACACUGAUGAAGAAAAGCAAAUGUGGGCCUUGGUCGUUUACAAGGCUAGUGAGGAGAUGGCGGAUGGGACCACUGAGGUGAGGAGAGAUGGAACCAAUGAGGUGAGGACAGGGUUCAAGCUUAGGUGCAAACAGAAGAUAAUGAUGUAUGGCAAACCAAGGGGGAAGAAAAAACCUCAGCGGCCCCAGAGUCAAGAAUCAGCACCUGUGAUUGCACGUACGCCAAGGGAGAAGAGAAAACCUCAGCGGCUGCAGAGUCCCUACACGCAGGUGAAGACAGAAGACAUUGACGGGCCUAAGAAGAAGCGUAAAACAAAGGUUAAGUAGGCGUCUGAAAAUUAUUUAUGUAUUUGAAGUCUUUAAAACUUGGUAGGAUGCUUUUGGAUGUAAUAUGCUUUUGGGUGUUUAAACUUGGUUGUGGUAUGCUUUUGGAUGUUUAAACUUGGUUGUAUAAUGUGUUUUGGAUGUUAAAAAACAGGUUUGGAAACUGUUUUCAA